GCCUCACUUCUUUACAGUAUUUCAGCGAGAGUUGGCCAGCACUGGGGGAGUGAGCGGCAGAGACGUACAACGAGACGGAGGAAGCGUGCGUGUCCGCGUGGAUUGCACCACCGCAUCCUCUACGCUGAACAUGCAACCAGCCAUGCUUUGAACUGCCGCGCCAGUCUCACCCGCUUUCGGCAUACAUUGCAUUUUUAUUUUAUAUCGCUAUAUCGUCUACGUUUGCUCUGUCGGUAAUUAAGAAGAGACGGUAACAUCGGUGAUGGCAUUGGUAAUGGAACCUAUAAGUAAAUGGACACCCAAGCAAGUACUGGACUGGAUGAAAGGCCUGGACGACUGCCUACAGCAGUACAUCAAGAACUUUGAGCGGGAGAAGAUCAACGGAGAGCAGCUCCUGCACAUCACACACCAGGAACUUGAGGAGUUGGGCGUCACCAGGAUUGGGCACCAGGAGCUCAUCUUGGAGGCCGUGGACCUACUGUGUGCAUUGAACUAUGGGCUGGAGACGGAGAACCUGCGAACGCUGUCCCACAAGCUGAACUCGUCCGCCAAGAACCUGCAGAACUUCAUCACUGGCCGACGACGCGGGGGCCACUACGAUGGCAGAGCCUCACGACGCCUACCCAACGACUUCCUCACCUCAGUGGUGGACCUUAUCGGGGCAGCCAAGAACCUGCUGGCCUGGUUGGACAGGUCUCCGUUCGUCAGCGUGACGGAGUACUCGCUGUUGAAGAACAACAUUGUGCAGUUGUGUCUGGAGUUAACCACCAUUGUGCAACAGGACUGCACUGUCUACGAGACGGAGAACAAGAUCCUUCAUGUGUGUAAAACCCUGUCUGGGAUAUGUGACCACAUCAUCUCGCUGUCCUCCGACUCGCUGGUGUCGCAGUCUGCCCACCUGGAGGUGGUACACCUGACCAACAUCAUGCCCACAGAGGGUCUGGGGAUGUACAUCAAGUCCACCUAUGACGGGCUGCACGUCAUUACCGGCACCACCGAGAACUCUCCUGCUGACCAGUGCAAGAAGAUCCACGCUGGAGACGAGGUCAUCCAGGUCAACCAUCAGACUGUGGUGGGCUGGCAGCUGAAGAACUUGGUCAACGCUCUCAGAGAGGACCCCAGUGGCGUCAUCCUCACCCUGAAGAAGAGGCCGCAGAAUACCCUGACCUCUGCCCCCGCCUUGCUCAAGAAUGCUCGCUGGAAACCUUUGGCUCUCCAGCCCAUCCCAACCAGUCCCAACAGCGACUCCACCACCCCGACCAGCACCAUGGGCAUGUCUUCCAAGAUGGAUGGGUCCAACAUGCAUGAUGUCUUCAUCCUGUCCCCCGUUUCUGGGCUCUAUGGCGCCAGGGACGAGAUGGGCAUUAUGUCAUGUGAUGACAUCAGCAAGUACGGCGUGGCUAAGUCGGGCAUGAAGAGCUCCGACUCCCCAAGCUACUACCUCGACCACGAGAGCGGCAAGUACUACACGGUGAUGGAAGGCGAGGGUCCGCCGCUGGGCCCCGAAUACGACCGGGGCCGCUCCACCAGCGUCCGCCGGCGAGAUAAGACCCCCACUCAUGGUGACCUCAGACCCGUUUCCAUGCCGACGGAGUACAACUGGAUGCCGGAAACAAGGGAGUCCCAUGUAUACAAGAGAGGUAGCCGAGAUUCCGAAAGCUCGCUGCUGCACUACCUGAGCGACGACAAGAUUCUGGUCAUCCAGGAAGACCCCGAUAUCCCCCGCGACUGCAAGCGGGACACGGGCCGGCGUGCGCGCAAGAAGGGCAAGAGCCCCAGCAGCCCCAACUACCCAAUCAGCCCCACCCUGCUGGCCUCCACUGUUAGACUGGACUCAGGACCCCCAGAGGGGCUGCCCUUCCCACUGCCCGAAAAUAACACUGUGCCGUUUUAUCACAGAGCCGGGGACACACUGCGGCCAGAAGCUGACCGGUAUCCCAGCUCUGGCCUUGAGAGACAAGCUGGUACAUCUAUGAGGAAGUCUUUUCAUUAUGCUUCCCUGAGAACUAAAACCAAAAAGAGGACCAAAGGUUCUCUGACAGUCGGAAGCCGCAGACGCAUCUCCUGCAAGGACCUCGGCCACGGAGACUGUGAGGGCUGGCUGUGGAAGAAGAAGGACGCCAAGGGCUACUUCACUCAGAAGUGGAAGAAGUACUGGUUCAUUCUGAAGGACUCCUCGCUGUACUGGUACACCAACCAGAACGAUGAGAAAGCAGAGGGGUUUAUCAGCCUACCCGAAUUCAGGAUAGACAGAGCGAUCGAGUGCAGGCGGAAAUUUGCCUUCAAAGCCUGUCACCCCAAAAUCAAGAGCUUCUUCUUUGCCACCGACUGUUUGGAGGAGAUGAACAGGUGGAUGAACCGGCUCGGACUGGCAGCUAUAGGCUAUACACCCGAUGACAAAGUGUCUCGCCCCGAUGAAGAUUACUGGAGCGAAAGUGACCAGGAUGACAUCGACGGGUCUAUGACCCUCAAGCAAGAAGGUCCCUCUUCACUGUGUGAAACAUACCACCGAACUCCCUCUGUGAACUCCUCCAGUCCAUUCCCGGAGUCCAAGCAUGGACGCCAUUUCUCCAGCGAGUCCACGUACUCACAGUCAUCAGCGGAGGACUCGCGGCCCGAUGUAGCAGGCAGCACUCACUCAUCUGGCUGCCGCUCCACGCACCGUGAGCGCCGGUCCUGGCAAGACCUGAUCGAGACGCCCCUGACCAGCUCGGGUCUACACUUCCUGCAGACGGUGCCGGCUGAAGCCGAGAGCGUAUACGGGGUGGCAGUAACAGCAGGCAUCGGUGGCGGUGGGGGGCGUCUCCCCAUGUCACCCGAGCGCCGGCGCCAGGCCACAUUGCCCGUGCAGCGGCGGCACCAUCAGGACCGAGACGGACCCUUCCCACUAGCGGGCAGUGAGGAGUAUGGGCCACACACUCACCGCCGUGCCCACAAGCAGCGUAGCCAGAGCCUGCCCCGGAACCGCGAGGUACGGGGCCCCAGGGGCGUGCUGCACCCUGCUGGGCCCUCGGAGGAGAAAAGUGAGGACGAUGAGGUGCCUUUCUUCAAGCACAAAGCCGAGUCACGGCAUGAUGAGCGUGACGGGGAGGCUCCUGACGGGCUGCGGGAGCUGUACCGCUCCCUGGAGCAGGCUAGCCUGUCGGCAUUUGGCGAGCCACGACCCACCACCAAGCAGGAGUACCGGAGGGCCUUCGUGAAGCGCUGCAACGACCCCGUUGUCAACGAGAAGUUGCACCGCAUCCGAGCCUUGCGUAGCACGCUCAAGGCCAAAGAAGGGGAGCUAGCCAUCAUCAGCCAAGUUCUCGAAGACCCGAAGUUGACCUCCAAGAAGUUCCGAGACUGGAAGCAACGGCACCAUGAGCUGUUCCUGGACAUCUGCGAGUUCGGGCCGGGCAACAAUGGCACCCCAGAACUCUCACCCCUGGCCCCACCCCUCAUGACGCACACCCACUCCUUCAUCGAGACCCAUGUGUGAGAUGGGGGGGGGGGGGGAUCAUGGAAUGAAGGGGUGGUAUGGAACCCCCCAUCCCAGUCUAAUGAUCCCAUCAGCCCCCACCACUGUUCUGACCCUCUCCACAUAUCCUCCACGCCCACCACCCUCACACCAAAAUAAUGACCAGUCAACCACUGUAAUAUGUGUAAAUACUGUACUGGGAGCAGACAGAAGUAAAUGCUUUGGAUUAAAAGAAGAACAGCCCAAAGGUGGCAUACUGCAUGUCUGAAGAAGAGAGUAUUACCCUUCAGUAGUCUUCUGAACUGGGAACAUAAAACGAAAAAAAAAAAAAGAAUGAACUACAGGAUAACGGAGAUUAUAUUUUUAUUUGAUCGUUUUCUUUUUUACGUACUGUCUUUUAGUUGUAUUUAUUUAAUUUUUUAUUGUUUGAGCUGCAAGUAGAAGGAGCAAUGUAGCAGUAUGAUGGGAAAAAAUACCAUUUUCACAUGGAGCUUCUUCACGAAGGCAUUUUCUCCUCGGUACUUCGGUGCCAAGCAUCGCAAACCACGGCUAGGCAAAAAUAUACAGGCAGAAACAAACGUUUUUCGUACGGUAAAAGACGGUUCAUAGGAGGAGGAUCAGGCACGUAAAUCCGACGUGAGAAAAAGAAAAGUCACAUGCACGCCUUAGAUAUGAAACUUCCGGGCAGUUUUCUGUUAAUACUCACGUGAAAGUAAAACCUGCAUUUACCAGGAUAAAAAUAUACAAAAAAAACCUUAAUGACCUUAAUUUUGCAUAGAAACAGCCACUGUUGAAAACUGUGAACUAUCCUUGUGAAUGCAAUCUAUACUGUAGAUUCUGUCUGCGGAAUCUUUCAGAAUAAUUUCCUGUUUAUAGAAAAAAAGUUUUAAAAACUUUAAAAAAAUGAAUGGAAGAAAGACCAUGCACAUUUUUGUUCUUGGUUACAUGUUGCAGUAACGUGCAGUUAGCUUAGGGGGCUAGCGGAGUCCUCGAUUUGGGCUGAACUCAGGUUCUGUGGUUCCGACCCCUUCUUGGUUCGGUACUCCUCCCGAUCGCUCUCGCCGGGUGUGUCGGUCACAUAUGUGCAGUUUUUGGGAUCUGGCAACCUUAGCCAUGCGUGAGCGGGACGGCCAGGAGACAAACGGCUGGAGGAGACGCCAUGUUGUAUCUGCGCGUUCGUUUUACCUGGGGUUUUUUAAACCAAGGCAAGAAAUGCACUACGUAGAAUGCACUUUCAUUUACGGCAACGUGACGUCACCGCCAGGCAACGCGAGGCUCCCGCGAAAUUUAUUUGCAUAGCAGUACUGUUACCAGUACUAAAAAUGUUAUUGACCCCACCCCCCAUUCACAGUCUGACUAGAAAAACAACGUAUUUCAAGUCUCGGUGUCUGCAAAUAUAUUCACUUUAACUUGCUUAAAAAGAUAUAUAUUUAAAAAGAAUUACUUAAAAAUAUUCAUAAUUGCAUAUACAUAGAUUUGAAAUAGCAUCUAUUUUAAAUUUGCAUAUCAUAUUUUCAGGUAGCUGUUUUUGUGUUCUGUACUAAUAUUUAAUGUAGUAGGAUUAACCUGAGUUUAAACUACAAUGACUCCCUGUAUGAAGAGGGAUGAACGCUAAUCUGUAAACACACACACAUACACACACACACACAGUCCCAUUACAUAGUAAAAAACCUGGCCCAUUAUUAUAUUAUAAUAGAAUACUGCUUUGUUUUGAUUACUGAGGAAGCUUUUUCUCCAGAGUGGCUGUUAAAACGGAAAUGAAGACACCAUAGGAUACAAAACUUAGAACAAAACAAAUUUCUUGUGUUUCAGGGAUUAAUUUAUUUCUUUUUAGUUCACUUCAACAUUGUUUUCCUUCUUCUUUUUUUGCUGUUCUUGUUUAUCUUUCUUAAAUGAUUUUAAUGUUCUUACAGAGAAUUAUUUUUGCAUCAAUACAAUCUUGACCACGUGUAUCAAGCAACACAUACCGGAAUGUGAAUAAAAUACUCUCGAUUUUUUAUUUAUAUAUUUUAUUAUUAUUGGCCUAAUUCUUAUUAAUGCCGCAAAAGCUGUUACAGAAUUAAUAAUCAUAACCAAAUUAAAUCGAAAAACAAGUACAAAUUUUUAGAGUAACAUAACUUUUAAACUUUUACUAUAAAUGAUUCUGUGACAGAACAUUUCAAAUGGAUUAUAUGAGAGGGCAUGAAGGUUAUCUUACAUUAUGUAAGGUAUUUUGUUACAAUUAUAUGUUUUAUUAUGAUUGUUGUUGUUAUUCAGUACUGUAAUUACUGUUUUUAUUACUGACCUAAGUACACACAUACUGUUCUACCAAAAAAGUCAUGGGACAUAGUUAUGGAUAUCGACGAAUAGCACGCUGGCUUACCGUCAGCCUUAAUCACCUGCUGUAGGACAUCAUAGGUGACCUUUUAGAAAAUGACCAUCAGUACAUUUUUUGUGCUUUACUCCACUUUCAAUCCAAUAGUGUGCAUCACUUUGUAAGAGGGCUGUUUUGAGACUUUAUCCCCAUGACCUGUUCUGUGUUUUCUGGAGCAGCAGACCCAUCAUUCUCUCCUUUUUUCCUUUAAUCAAAGGCGUGUCCCAUGACUUUUGCCACAAGGGUGUAGUACAGGAGGCUUGCCUCCCUUUGCAAGAUCCGGCAUUGUCCGCAAACUCCAGUGGAUCGCACGGCACUGCCUCCUGUUUCCAAACCGCAGCACCCAUCGGCAGUGUGCACCACCCUGGGCGACAGUGUUAUUUUCCCAUUACAAUCCGAAAUAAAAGCUUAGUGGGUGCUGAAACUGACCGGGCCUGGUCUCGGAACCGCUACUUUCAUUUUAGGUACAGAUGGCCUUGCUUCUCUCUGUCCAUGUGUCUCCAUCUCCUGAACUCUGUCCAAAUGGGAUUCCACUGUGGGUUCAUUUGAGGGAGGGAAGCCUCACGGUGCAUUGCACAGGUGUGUAAGACGUAAGUUGCACUGCGACAUUAAAAAAGGAACAUAUUGCUCUUUUUUCAAAGACAAUAACUGUUAUUCUGUAUAUUAACUGAUAAAAAGAACUGAUAAUAAGAGAGAAAGAAAAUUACAUUUAUUCUUCCUAUGAUUCUUAAG